AUGCCUGCUGCUGCGUUGCCACUUCGGCACCCACCAAGCUGUUGGCCCAACUGCGGGGGAAGCCUUCUGGGCUUGCACCCCUCUUUCGAUCGUCAGCAGCGCUUGUGGGAGCGUGGGAUGAUGCGGUUCGUUGGUCGUCGUCAGAGCUCGGGCCUAGACUUUCGCGACCUGCGCUGUUCUUUCGGCACCUAUGCCUUGGACGUCGAGUUUGCAAGUUUGGAGGACAGAGGGAGGCAGGAGGAAGACAUGUUGGGCAUCGAGGGGGCGACCACGGAUGCUCGGCCAAGCUACAAGAUGUCCAGAUACAAGGAACGACCUCUACAGCAGAGUAGAAGUAUGUCAAGCAAUGUAGCCAGCAUGCUGUCCAAGCAUUAUAUACCCCUGGUUCGCAGCGCAGAGAAACUCUUCCGCCGCCGGCAGCAAAGCACUGUUCAUGUUGCCAGCCGUCUAAUCAAGAAGCUUCGCAAGACAUCUUAA